GAGCCCCGGGAUCACCGCCGCGCGGGUGGUGCGCCCGCCCUCCGCCGUCGCGCUACUGCGCGGCAUCCUCCGCGCCGAGGGCCCCUCCGCGCUCUACCGUGGCAUGGCCGCGCCCCUCGCCUCCGUCGCCUUCCAGAAUGCAAUGGUCUUCCAAGUUUACGCGAUCCUCUCGCGGUCGCUGGAUCGACGGAUGUCCACCUCCGAGCCCCCCUCCUACACAAGCGUGGCACUCGCCGGCGUGGGCACGGGAGCGCUGCAGACGCUGAUCCUGUCCCCCGUGGAGCUCGUCAAGAUCAGGCUGCAGCUGGAGGCGGCGGGGCGGAAGCGCCAGGGGCCGGUGGACAUGGCCCGGGACAUCAUGCGGAGGGAGGGCCUGCGCGGCAUAUACCGCGGGCUCACGGUCACCGCGCUCCGGGACGCGCCGUCGCACGGCGUCUACUUCUGGACGUACGAGUACGCGCGGGAGCGGCUGCACCCGGGCUGCCGGAGCACGGGGCAGGAGAGCCUCGCCACCAUGCUCGUGUCCGGCGGCCUCGCGGGCGUCGCCAGCUGGGUCUGCUGCUACCCGCUGGACGUGGUGAAGUCGCGGCUGCAGGCGCAGACGCAGACGCACCCGCCCUCGCCGAGGUACCGCGGCGUCGUCGACUGCUUCCGGCAGAGCGUGAGGGAGGAGGGGCUCCCGGUGCUGUGGCGCGGCCUCGGCACGGCCGUGGCGCGGGCGUUCGUCGUCAACGGCGCCAUCUUCUCGGCCUACGAGCUGGCCCUGCGCUUCUUGGUGCGCAACAACGGCCGCCAGACGCUGGUGAUGGAGGAGAUGAAGUGCCAUGAUCACUGAUGCCAAUGCGAAUCCAUCCGUUUGCAGCAAUGGAGUUGCCCACAGCGGCAUGCGCACGUCCGCGGGGUUGUACAUAGGCUAGUAAUCCAUGGGACUGGGAAUCUGUCAUGGAGAUCAUACCAUUUACAACAAAGGUGUGGUUUUCAGAGCGUAGUAGCAGCUAGUUGCUUCAGAAUUCACAGAACUUGGCACUAUAGAUGUGCUUGUUGACGACGACGAUCAAUUCUCCAAUGUCCGGGGAGAUGCUAUUACAUGUAUAGUAGUACAAGAAAAUCAAUCAAUGAAGAUCAUGAGUCAAUGACCA